UCAUCAUAAUUUAUUGUUAAUUCUUUCAAUUUUGCAUAAUAAAAAAUUUUUUUCCUUACAUUUUUUUUCUUUAAAAUUUAAUUGACUGAUAAUGAUAAUGGUGAUUAAUGACUGAAUAAUGAAGACUUCGGAAGAUAAAGGCAAAGAUAUAGUUAAUAUAUUACUUGAACAAUUAUCAUCAAAUUCGACGGCACGUUCGAUUGUUGAACCACCACAGAUCGAAGGAUCAACAUUUGAUGAUUGGCUUUAUUUUUUCAUACAAAAUGCAUUCAUUUUCUUUGUAUGGAUUUUAUCCAUGGUUUGGGUGUGCUAUGUUGUUUUCUACAAUUCUCGUCUUACCGGAUUUAUUAUCACUAAAAUAGUCAAUUAUUUAUUUAUUAAAAAUGGUUAUUUUAAAAUUGGUUCAUUUUCGUUUGCUGCCAUUUCGGGUAAGAUCAUGUUUCGUGAUCUUAUUUAUAUCAAUGAUGAUUAUUCGAUUCGUAUUCAGGAUGGAUGGAUGGUAUUCUGUUAUUGGAUACCGUAUGAAUAUCGUGAUGCAAAAACUGAAGAUUUAUCCAAUUCUGAUGUACGUUUGUUAAUUUAUCUGGAUGGACUUAAAGUUCAUCUAUACAAUCAGACUGAACGUUAUUCUGAUCUGGAAAAAUUAUUUAAUUUACCAUUGAAAAAAUUUUUCGAAACCGAAUCGACCAAAGAACAAGUGGAUGAUUCUGCUACGAAAAAAAAUGAAAAAGAAACAAGAGAAAAAAUACUAAAAAGUAUGAAUCAAACUCGAAACGAACUGAAACAAUCAAUAUGGCGUGAUCUAAUACCUAUGAUCAAAAUUGAAAUAUCAUCGGGUAGAUUUAUUUUCGGUAAUCAUUUGAUACCAAGUACGUUGUCCAUUUCAUUUGAAGAUUCACAAUUUCAUUAUACUAGUCAACCGGCUGCAUCACAAUAUGAUCUUUUAACACAUAUUCUUAAAGGUAAAGCAGAAAAUCUACAAGUAAUGCUUAUACCAAGUGUAAAAUAUAAUGGUUCAAUAACGGAUGAACCACCAAGAAUUAUGGGUGAUGGUUUUAAUGUAUUUCGUACGAAUAAAAUUGAAAUCUAUUAUUAUCAAGAUGUACCGGGUUUUGUUACUCAACAGGAUCAGGAUAUCAAUGAAACAGAUAAUCCUGUUUGGGGUAUGGUUGUUAAAUGUGGAAAAGGAACAGAUUUUAGUUAUGGACCAUGGGCUGAUCGUCAACGUGGAUAUUUAUAUAGUUUUUUCUUUCCUUCCAAUUAUCAAUUAAUGACAGUGGAUGAAAAACCUAAAUUAGGUGAACGACGUCGUUUUGAAUCAUUUGAUAUUCGUCUUAGUACAUUACAUGAAGCAAAAAUUGAUAUUUUAUUUGCCAAGAAUAAUGAAACACAUGCAUUACAUAUUAAUGCAAUGCCUGGUUCAUAUUUGGAAGCAACUAUUCCAUGGAUUUGUAAUACAGAUGGUUAUAGUACACAUAUAUUGGGACAAAUUCUUCAUCUUGAUGCAACAACUAGUCUACAAUUUCGACCAUUAAUACAAAGUGAAACAUUUGAAUUUGAUGUUAAAAUUUUUUUUCCUCGUCUUUGGAAUGGUCAUCAAGAAUGGCUUUGUAAAAUAACUGCAUGCAAAGCAACUGUUAAUCUAAUAUUUGCACAUAAAAUAUUUAUUCAAGAUCUUAUCGAUGAUUGGAGUGAUAAAGAACGACCAGAUAUAUUGAAAUUUAUUCCAUAUACAUGGAAAAUAUCGAUUGUUAUUAAAGAUUUUGAACUAUUAGUUUUAGCUAAUCAAUAUAAUUGGAUUGAUUGUUCUACCGGAUUGAAUGAUGAAAAUUGUAAAAUUGCUAUUUGUGGUGAACAUUUUGAUUUAGCAUUUGAUUUACCGUUUGUUGAAUUUUUACCACCAAAAUUAAUGAUAAAAAUUUGGAUACAAGGUGAAUGUUUAGAAGGUGCUUUCUACCUUCCCGAAAGCAGUAUGAAUCGUGAUAUUAUUGAAUUAAUACAAAGAUUUUCAAAUAUUAAUGAUCGUAAUGAAUCCUGUUCUGAAUAUUUAGCUUAUUUUGGUCAUAAAAGAAAAUGGAAAAAUAUUGUUUCAUAUAGUAAUCAUUGGUAUGAUUGUAUAAAUGCACCGAUUGUUGCUAUCAGUAUAACUUAUGAUUUUUGGCCAAUGCCAAUACUUGCCAAUGAUUCUAAUGCAAAACAAACGACAAACAAUGAAAUUUCAAAUUCAAUCGAUAUUGAAACAACAAUACCAGCGCGAAAAGGAAAUAUUAAAUUUCAAGAUGAAAUUCAAGAUUUUGAUGUUACCAUUCUACCAUCGGAUGUUAUGACAAUUGAAUUGGAAAUUGGUCCAUCAAAUAUUGCUUUGUUUGGUGUUUUGUUUCGUUUUCUUUGGAAUAUUAAGGAAAAUUAUCUUGGUGAAUCACAAAUAUUCAGUGAAAUGGGUGUAAAUUUUUUCGAUGAUAAAUAUGUUACGAAAAAACGUAGUGGUGGUGGUGGUGGUGAUACGGUUACGGAAAAUAAGAAAGAUAAAUCAAUGGUUGAGGUUGAAAUUGAACCACGAAAAACAUUCGAUCCAAGAUUAUAUCGUCCAUUUGAAGUUAUCGUAUCGGUAACUUUGCAUGAAAUUCAUGGUCAUCUUGUUCAAUGUUUAUCCGAUCCAAAACAUUAUUCACCGUUAGUUUAUGUGGAAAAAUUAUGUUUUGAAUUACGAAAAACAUAUUUGGAAACAAAAUUACAAUUGAUUAUAUCACCGGCCGUUAUACAGGUUGCUGAUCGUAUCGAAAGAAUUGAUUUUCCUGAUUCACUUAAAGAAGGUUUUCUUACAUUAUCAUCAUUACAAUUUCGUGGUCAUGCAAUGUUUUCCGGUCUAGAUAGACCAUUACAAAGUGAAACACUGGAAUAUGCUUGGCUUGUUGAUGUUGAAGUUGGUGAAAUUGGUGGCCGUAUAACAAUGGAUCAAUUAAUGCAAAUUAUUGUGCCUUUGGAAACAUUUUUAUUUCAAAUAUUUCAAUUAGAUUUAGAUUUACAAUCACCGAAUCCAUUUUAUAAAUGUCUUCAUGAUCGUCAUCAAAAUGAAUGUCCGGAAUCGGAUUUAAUUGCCAACCGGUUAUGUCCAUAUCCCGAAGAUGUUAAAUAUCGAUUAGUACGUGUAGAUUUUGAUAAAAUUGAUUUAUUUCUAAUCGAAUCAAAUGUAACAAUAAAUCUAUCGAAUCCAUCGAUACGAUUAGCAACCUGUAAUCUUCAUGUUCGUAAUGAAUUUGAUGGUUUUACAUUACUUGUUUCAAAUUUAAUGAUUCGUCAAUUUGUAUCAUUAUUAUCGAUGAAAGAUCUAGGCCGAACACAUGAAUGGGCUGAAAUAAGUUCAAUAUCUACUGGUACGAUUUUUCUUGAUUCAGCUAUUAGAUCAUCUGAAAUUGAUAAUUAUACUAUUUCACAAUAUGAUUUUCUUCGUAAACAUGAUAAUAAAACAAAACGAUUAUGGUUUCUAUGGAACGAUCAAACAAAAUGUGGUUGUGUUGGUAAUUGUGCAUUUUUCGGUUGUAAUUUGGAUGGACAAAAUUUUUUCAAUAAAGAUCGACAAUCACCGAUGAAUAAAAAUCGUUCGUCUAAACAUUCUGCUCAAUGUUUAGGUCAAAAUUAUAAUGAAUGUAUGGGAAAAACAUUACAUAAUCAUCUUAUUAAUUUAAAUUAUGGUGAAAGUUUAUUACAUCCAGAAAAUUAUCUACUUGAUUUACAUUCACCAUUGAUUGAUGAAACAAAUAAAGCAUUAUCGAAUACAACAAAAUCAUCACAAUCUGGUAAUCGAUUAUCGACGACAACAACGGCAACUGAUACUAAUGAAAAAAUAUCGACAGGUAAAUGGUCAGCAAUAUCGAAUGAUCGAUUUUUUUCAGCUGAAGAUUUAUUUCUUUCCGGUACAACAUCAUUAUCAUCAUCAAGAAUUGAACGUUCAAUAUCGAAUAAUAAUGAUAAAUCUUUAUCAUCAUCAUCAUCACCAAAUUGGCAAUCACCAACUGAAAUGCUUUCACCAACAACACAAUAUAUUACAGCUCGUGAACAUUUUUCAUCAUCAUUAGAUUAUUCGAAUGGAACAUCACAACAAAAAUUAUCCAGUUUAUCAUCCGAUUCUCCAACACUUGUUUCGCCUACCAAUGUCGGAAAUGACCAAAUAACAUCUACCGCAACAACAACAACAACUACUACUACUUCAAGUACACCAUGUGUAUUGGAAGAUGAUCAAAAUUCAAUAACAUCAUUUAUGUCGGCCGUUAGUGAUCAUCAAUCAUUCGAUAUGGUUGAUCUAAGGAAUCAGUUGGAAAAACCAAUUAUUGAAUCACCAUUAUUAAUGUUAGCAUAUUCAACAUAUUUAUCAAUAUAUUCAUCUGAAUAUAUUGAUAUACCAUCACCAGUACAGAAGAUAAAAAUUUGUAAUUAUUUUCGAAUGAAAUCACCACAAGCAUUACAUUUUGAACGAUUAAUGUUUGAAUAUCGUAAUAAUUGGAAACCGAAAUUUUCAUUGAAAAAAUCUGGAUUUUCUGAAUCAAAAUUAAUCUAUUAUAAUGAUAAUAAUUUACAAACAUCAACAAGUAAUAAUAAACAACAACAACAAUUUAAACAUUAUCAACCGGGUAUUGUAGCGGAAAAAUUUGAUCUUAAUCGAAUGAUCAAAGAUCGAUCAUUUCUUUCGGAUAAAGAGAUAAUAUUUUCAUCGCUGAAAUCACCAUUACGUGUGUUUAAUCCGGUUGAACAACAAUCAACAAAUCGAUCAAGAACAGCUACAACAACAGCCGCAACAAAUAUAAAAGAUGAUGAAAUAUCAUCGAAUAAACCAGGUCGUUCGGAAACAAUAACCACACAAUCAACAUCAACAAUGAUCAAUACAAAUAAUAUUGACAGUGAUAAUGAUGAAGUAAUUGAACAUUGUUUAAUUCAUAUUGAAUUUGAUCAAAUUGAAAUUAAAAUUUCAACAUUAACAUUUGAUGUAAUGUCGGCUGUAAUGAAUUCAUUGACUGAAAUAUUUUCAAAAUUUCAUCCAAUAAAUUUAUUAAAUCAUUGUAGUUAUUCAAUAAUCGAUAGUAUCGAAACAAAAAAUAUAUUAAAAAAACGGAAACCACAUUAUAUAGGGAAAUUACAUAUGAAAGCAUGGCAAUUAUUGAAACAUAAACAAACAAUGAAACAUUUAAAUCGUUCAAUUAGUUUUGCUGGUGAUCGUAAUCCAAAAUUAGUUGGUGGUGGUCAUCAUCAAGAAAUCGGCGGUGGUAAUGUUCUUCCGGCUAAUAUUUUAUUGGCAAAAAAUCUUGAAUUAGAUCAUCGAACAUAUCUUAGUUUGAAUAUUGAAAUUAAUCGUAUAAAUAUUAGUUCAUUACAAGCAUCGAUUGUUGAAGAAAUUAUUUCAUUUUCAUCAUUGGAUAAUGUAAAAGAUCUUACCUGUGUUCUUGUAUCGAAUAUAUCAUUUGAUCGUAUACAAUUGAAUAUGAAUAGACAAACACGUCAAAAACGUAAUCUACAUGUAUUUAUGGAACAAUCAUCAACAAAUACGGAAAAAGCAUUGAUGAUACGUUUUUUCACACGAAAACCGAAAAAAGUAUUUGCCGAAAUUGAUAUGAAUGCAUUUGAAACUAUUGAUGCAUUUGUUAAUGAAACACAAUGGAAAUUUUCAUUGAAAAAUAUUCAAUCACAAUUAUCACGUUUGAUUAAUUCACCGGAUAUUAUAUCGGAAGCAACAUUGGCUAUUAUACCAUGUUUAAAAACAAAAGUAGGAUUUGUUUUUGCUGCACCAUCGGCAACAAUUAUGGAAGAAUCACAAUUUCAACAUUUUAAUUCAUUCGUUAUGUUUGAAUUUGGUAUAGAAAAUAUAUCGUUUACAAUGAAUAAAUCAUCAUAUUAUAAUUGUAUUCGUAUUAUUGAUAAUAAUCAUCGAUCAAUAAUAAGUACAAAUAGUGAUAAUUUAUUAAAUCAUGAAAUUACACCAUUCAUAUCAAAACCAUUAAAUGAAUGUGAAUUAAAAGGUAAUAUUCUGAAUAUUUGGUUUCAUUUUGCAUCAUCAUCAAAAAAAUCAUUAACAUCAAUAAGAAAUGAUUUUGAUCGUUAUGAUUGGCAUUUACUUAGUUCAUUAAUACCAUUAACAAUAGCAUGGAUUAGUGUAUUUGAUCGUUUAUCAUAUCAAUUUGAUCAGAUGAAAAAUCAAUUACGUUUUCGUAUUUGUUCAUCAUUAGCAUGUUUAUUAACAAAUUGUCGUAAUGAUUAUCUAUUGCAAAAUCAAAAAAAUCCACAACAUUUGGUAACAAUGAUUAAACCAUUACAAAAUAAUAGUAAACAAAUGAUUAGAAUAUUUUCAGCAUUAUCAAAAACAAUACAAGAUGAUCCAUCAUUCCUUUUGGUCAAUGUUUUACGUUUAAAUUUUAAAGAUUCAUUCAAAACAAAUACAGAAUUUGAAUCAUAUUUUUUACGGCCAUCAAUCAUACCGAAUAAUAAAGAAUUGGAAAAAAGCUUAGUACUUUUAUUGUUUCAUUGGAAAGAAGUUUUAAACGUACCGGUAUCAAAUUUUGGACAAAUUUUUUUCCAUAAUCAACAACCAUCAACACAUUCACCAAAAAUGACAUUUUCUUCGACAAAAAAUCAAAUACUAACAUUAUUGGAAGAAAAAUUUAAUCUUAUGAUGAAUAAUCCUGUACAUGAAAAUGAUCUUAAAAAUGCUACAUCAAUGACAAUUCAAUCAUCAACACCUGAACCACCACAUCAUUGUCGAACAUUUGUUAAACAAUCAUUAAAUGUUUCAUCGGAAAAUGAAUCCGUACAGAUUAAUAUGAAUGAUUUGGAUACAGAAACAACUAAAUUAAUUUAUGAUAAACAUCAUCUACCUACUACUACUACUGAUACAGUUAAUCAAAGUCGUGAUGAUCUUGAAUUACAAGCUGAAAUUUCAAGCAAUGUUACCCGUAAUACAUUUCCAGAAUAUUUUGAUUCAAUAGCUAAACAUCGUUUAAAUAUGUUAACAAAACGACAAAAUCGUGUACAUUUUGUUAAUGUAUCAAGAUUUCGUGGACUAUAUGAUCGAUUUCUAGCAACACCUAUCAUAAGAAAUAUUUCUGCUUUAUGUAAUAAUCGUUGGUGUCAUUUUUGUUCAUUUAGAAAAUUUUAUCAAUUUCAUCGUCAUCGUUCUCAAACAACAACAUCAUCAACAUCGUCGAAUGAUGAACAACAUGAGCUUCAAAAUAUGUCAACACCGAUUGUUGAUUUAACAACUAUCGAACAACAACCUAUUGAAACUAUAAUUCCAAUAGAUAAUAAUCAAUUAUUGGAAAAUGAAUUGAAUCAAAAUGCUGAAAUUGGUAUCAAUAUUGAUGAUUGUGAUUUAUUGAUGGAUGAUGGUGUUGGUGGUGGUGGUGAUGAUGGUUUUCAUCAACCAAUCAUCGUUGGUAAUAAUCGUUAUAGUUCACAAAGUAAUUAUGAUAAUGAUAAAAAAGAUCUUUAUUGGUGGAUGGUUAAACAACAAGAUUAUCUUAAAAAUGUUAAUCCAAAUUUAGCCAGUACUACGACUACUGCUACGAAUAUGCCAUUUGAUCAAGAUCCGUUGAAUGAAACAACGAAUCAACAGCAAGAUCAACAGGAUCAAUCGGCAACAAGAGAAACAACAACAAUGUUUGAUGAGAAAAAAUCGGCCAAAGAAACAAUAAGAAAAUAUGGUUUAAAUUGUGAAGCAACACAAUAUUUUGAAAAUUUUUCCAAAACACUUGGCCUAUCGGAUGUAUUAGAUUUUGAUAAAUUAUCCGAACAAGAACAUGAUGGUAUAUUUGGUUCUUGUAUGAUAAUAUCAUUAUCUGUUCAACAAUUUGGUAUACAAAUUGAAGAAUCGGAUCAAGAUUUACAGAAAAAUAUGUUUAAUGUUGAAACAUUAUCAACAUUAUUGAAUUGUAUGGCUAAUCGAAACAAACAAUCAUUAUCGGAUCCAUUAUCAUUUGAAUUAGUUAAUCUAACGACCGAAGCAAUUGUACAGAAAAGAAAUUAUAGUCAAAUAAAUGAUGCUGUUAAUAAUAAUUUUCGUGAUAUUCGUUAUAAAAAUGAAAUACUUUAUAAUUUAAUGCCAAAUUUUUCAUCAACAGCAAAAUAUUUAUUUAAAUCAAUUUUGCAGAAAAAAUCCAAUGAAAAUGAUCUUAGUUUUGAUACGGUAAAUUUUUUAGCAUUCAAUAUACAAAUCGAACAAAUUACACAACGUAUAAAUCUUCCAUUGUUAAGAUUUAUACAUCAAUUUUCGGCAAUUUAUGAAGAUGUUUCACAAACACGUUUUGAAAUGCGUAGAAAUCGAAAUAUUUUUACCGAUCAAAAUGAUGAUAGUGAUGAUGAUGAUAUGCAAAUUAUCGAUGAUGAUGAUUUAUCAAUUAAUUCUUCAUUAACAACGACAAAUACGACAUCAGAUAAUGAUACAAUUCAUAGUGAACAUAAAUUGGAUAAGAAAAUUGAGGAAGAAGGACAUAGAGAAUCGAUAGUAUUGGAUCGAGUAUCGAUUGUCGAACAACAAGAACAACAUCCACCACAUCAACAAAAAGAACCAAUAAUAUUCGAUACAAGAAUCAAUAAUUGUUGGCGAACUAUAUCAAGAAUGCUUGAACAAUAUCAAAAAACAAAAUCCAAAUUAUUUACAAAUCAAGCUGAUCAAUUUGAACAAUUUAAUGAAGAUGAUUUUUAUUCGGUUUAUUCUGGUUUAAUAAAUAAACCAUUGAUUAUAAUGGUAAAUACGGCUGUUUCCAAAAUGAACGUUAUUGCAAUGUUAUCCGGAUUAAAAUUAGAAUCGGAAUUAUAUAAUUUUAAUUUUUCCGUUUCACAUCAAGAAUGUCGAAAAAAACAUAAAACUCGUACACAAUGGCCAAAUAAUCUGGCUAUACAGAAUUUAAUCAAUACAACAAUCGAUAUUAAUUUGGAUCGUAUAGCGAUUGCAUUGUUUGAAUCAUUACAAUUGAAUGUUGAAAAAUCAACACAAUUAAAACAACAACAAUUAGUUGUGAAAUUAUCUGUAGAAAAAUCUAAUGUAAAUUUGAUAAGAAAAAAUGAAUCCGAUUUGGAAACGGAUUUUGAUAUUGAAAAUUUGGAUAAAAUUAUUGAAUUAUUGAAUAGUACAAAUUUUAAAACAAGUUUGGAUACAAAUCAUGCACGAAUUAUGAUUGGUAAUGUUGAAAUAGAUAUUCCACAACAUCCAGUUGCAUUGCAUGGUAUGAUGACACGAUCUGGACGACAAUUAACAACAACAUUACAGGAAUUACGAUAUUCACGACAAUCAUCACGAUCAUCAAGACAACCAGCACAUCGUACAAGUCAUCAACGUAAAUCAUCAUCAUCCAAUCUAAUAUCACCAUUGAUUGUUGAUUUUAAUUUUAUAUUGGAAAGUGUUGCUAUUAAAGCAUCAUUAUUACCAUCAUUACAGGCAAAAUAUUUACUUGGACAGGUAACAAGUUCUGGUUGUACUGGUUCGAAAGCAAAAUUUAUUGUUGAUAUUAAUAAUCAUUCAUUAUGUUUGAAAACAAUGAUGGAAUCAUUUCCAAGUGAAGCAAAUGCAAGUAUUACAUUACCACGGAUACAUGUUGAUGGUGAAUAUAAAAAAGAAUCAUCAUUGGAUAAACAAACAACAUCGACAACGACGACGACAGCGACCGAUACCGAUAAAAUGAAUCGUACAGAAUCAUUUUCAACUGAUGGUAUUGUUUUUCGAAAAGGUAGCUAUUUAAAUAUGGUUGCCGAAAUUAGUUCAUUUGAACAUUCCCUAACUACUGAUCUAUUGAAUCAUUUACUUUUUGUACAAAAAGUUUUUAUGAAAGAAAUUAAUGAAGUUUUACAAAAAGUAUCACGUAAUGAAUCUGAUAAUUCUGGGUCAAACAAUUUGAAUGAUUGUGAUCGUAUGGCAUUGGCUGAAGAUUCAGUAACAACAUCUAGAAUUUUAUUUUCAUUAUCAUUAAAAAUGACUGGUAUUCAAAUAACAGCAACAACACCAACGAAUAGUGCUGUACGAUUUGAAACCGGUACAAUCGAUUUACGUGUAUCGAAUCGUUUAAUGAAUACUGUUGAUCGUAAUUUUAAAAUAUUUGUUCGUGUUCAAUUGGAUUUUAAUGUUGCACUUGGACAAUUAAUACGUAAUGCAAUAUUUGAAGAAGCUGAACCAGAUUUUCAACAAUUAGCAUAUUUUAAAACAAGAAUCUGUAUGCGAAAUGCAUCACAAAAUCAAUCCGUACAACAACAUAUAAUCACAGAUUUAGAUACUGAAGAUGAUGAUAAAGAAGUUGUAUUGAUAACAUUAAAUCGACCAUUAGUUUAUAUACAGCCAUUAGCAUUGGAUAAAGCAAUUUUAGUUUGGAUUAAUUAUAAAAAUGCUUAUGAAUAUUGGAAUGAACAACGUGCAAGUCUGAAUAAUGAAGUAUUACAAGCAACACAACAGAUAUUCGAUAAAGUACAUCCAUUUAGUUCAUCACAAUCAUUGGGUACAGUUUUAUUACAAUUAACCGUAGAUGAUUUUGGUAUUUGUUUACCGAUUUCAACUACGGCAACAAUAUCAAAAUUUUCAACACAAAGUCGUAUAUAUGAUUCGGAUAUAAAAGAUGCAUUGGUAUUAACAUUGGAAAGUACAAGAAUAUCAGCAUUAUCAAGAGGAUCAUUAGUUAGUAAAGGUGAAUUUAAAAAUCUUUGUAUACGUUUUGCCGAUGAUUUUGAAACAAUGUUAGAUGAUUGGAAACCAGAUCCAACUGAUUCAUCCAUACAGAAUUUAUGCAUAGUAUCCGAAGGUACAUAUCAGAUUUGUUCACGAACAAUAACACAUAAGAAAAAUCAUCAAAUGGAUCAAUUUGUUAAAUCACCACCACCACCAACAUCAGCGACAACAACAAUGCCUGGUGGUGGUGAACCACAACCAAAUUAUCUGGCCGAAGCAAAAUGGAUUCUGAAUGUUCAUUGGAAAAUGGAUGGAUUUGAUAUUCAUGUUGAUACCAGUAUUGGUAAACAUAUUUCAGCAUUAUUUAAAACAAUGACAGCUAUUGCUGGUGAUGAAGAUGAUGAUGAUGAUGAUGACGAAGACGACGAUGAAGAAGAAGAAACUGAAAAGAUAAAAACAACCUGUGAUCAGGUUGAUGGCAAAGUUGAACGUGAUGGUGUACCACCACCAGCGACAGCAGCAGCAGCUUCAUCGAUUCGAACAUCAUUUAUCAAUGAUUCUAUUGAUAAGAAGCCGAAUCCAUUAAUAAGUAAAGAAUCGAUAAAAAAACGAAAUAUUGAAAAAGAAUUUAAUGAACAGGCAAAAGUAAUAAAUGAUUUACGGCAAUUAGGUGCAAGUGAUCAAACAAUACAACAAGAAAUGGAAAGAUUUCAAAAAUUAGAAGCAGCUGUUUUUAAUAAUUUUCGUCGUGGUGUAAUUAAAAAAUUAAAACGACCAUCAAAUCAACAAAAUAAUAAACAUCAACAACAACAACAACAACAACAAUCGACAACAACAACAACAACCGGUAAUGAUGGUAAAAUCGUAAAAAAUCGUACAUAUAGUCAAUCAAUAAAUUCAUAUGAUGAAUUGAAUAAUUUUAUAACAACGAAUGAUAGCGGUCAAAAUCGUAAUCAAUCAUUCUAUAGAAUUGAUGAAGAAUUAAAUACACUUUCACCAACAAUACAAUCAUCAACAAUAUCAAUACCAAAUGAUUUAAAUAAUUUUAAUGAUGAUAAUGAUUCAAUAGAUACUAAUAAUACUGUUAUAGCAGCUAUUUCAACAACAAGUUCUUCACAUUUGGAAGAAUCAUCAUCAAUUGUUGAUCAGCCAUCAAUAAGAAAUUUGAAAGAUACCAUCAUCAAUCAAUCAAUUGAUUCAAAAAUAGAUACAAAUAAAACAAUACAAACAUCAAUGAUGAAUCCAAUGAUGAUGGUUGUGGUUGAACCAAGAAUCGAUUUUGAAUUGGAUGUAAAAAUAUUUUUCAAUAGUGGAAAAUGUGUUUUACAUACAAAAGAACAACGUAAUGAUUUGGAUUCGAAUAGUCGAAAUUAUUCGGCUAAUGAUAUGGCUGCUGCUAAUAAUCAUUCACCAACUAAUAACAACAAUAACAACAACAGUUUGACAACAAAUCGAUCACAACGUAUCAAUAAAUCACGUUCAUAUAAUAAAUUAUUUAAAGGUUCAACAUAUCGAAAAGAUUAUUCACAAUCCGGUAUUGGUAUGAAUCCAGAUUUUACUGUAUUUCUGAUACCUGGUUUGGAUAUAAAAUUAAAUUAUAGUUCAAAAAAUAUUAAUGCCGAUGAAGAAGUAAUGGAUAAAGAACCAGUACAAAGUUUUCGUAAUAUUAAAAUACCACAACAACAACAGCAACAACAACAAUAUCAUAAUAAUUGGACAGAAUCAAAUAAUUCAUUGGCAAGAUCGGUAGCAACAACUACUACGACGGCUAAUAAAUCAACAAAAAAAGCAAUAUUAUUUGCAUGGAUAACAUUAAGUUCAAUACCGGAUGAAAUAUUUAUUAGUCCACAUUUAUUGGAUUUUUUUGAAGAAGCACUUAAACCAAUACCAUUAACAAUGUCUGGACAAAAUUCAGCUAAUGCUACAUUAUCAAGUAUUCAAUCACAAAGAUUUGCUAAUCAAAUAAACAAUAAUAAUAAUAGUUCGAAUGAUGAACAAGAUGGUAGUUCACAAUAUGUUUAUUAUUCAUCAUUCCCUGUUGAUGUGAUUGUAUUUUUUCAUUUUCAACCAACAAUCAUUAGACUUGGUUGUUUACCAAUAUCAAGAGUUGAAUGUCUUUUACAUCUGCCAUCAAUUGAUUUGGUUAUGUCAUCAAAUCGUUCGGAAAUUGAUUCAACAAUUCUUCCUGAAAUGAAUACUGAUUCGGCUGCGUUUCAACAAUUAGCAAACAAAGCAUUUAAAAAUGUACAAACAAAUACCAGUACCAGCGGUGGAAAUUCUGCUACAUCGAAUAGCGGUGGUUUAAGUAUAACCGGUUGUUUGGCUGAUUUUUCUCUUUACAUUUUUCAUCCAUAUGGUGGUCAUAAAAAUAAAACAGCAAUCGGUGCGACUGGCAGUGGUGUUGGUGGUGGUGGUAAUCAAUCAAAAAAUCAUCCAUCAUAUUCUACUAAUGAUCGUAAAGAUUCUCUCAGUCUGCAAGUAGAAUUUGUUAAAAUUAAUAUUUCUCGAUCCAGGAAAUUAUUAUUGAAUGAUUCACUUACACAAAGUAUAAGUUUUUCAGCUAUUUGUGAUAUUGGUACGGCAACAUUUAAAUAUGAUGUACGACGUUUAAAUGAAAUAUUAGCUUUUCCAAAAGCAUGGUAUAGAAAAUCAAUUUGGAAAAAAGUAUUUAUCGGUGAAAAUACAUUGAAUGCAAUAUUUAGUGAUCAUUAUGAUGGUGAUGAUGAAACGGAAGAUAAUCGAGUAUUCAAUAUCGGUGGUGAAACAAUGUUGAUACAUUCACAACCGGAUUCUUUAGGAAAUGAUGAUGAUGAUGAUAGUUCUACUAGCAGUAGCGAUAGCAGCAGCAGUAUCAGCAAUAGUACCGCAAGUUUAUUGGAUGAUAUCGUUUUGGAAAGCUGUUCACGUAUCGGAAGGAAAAAACGACGAAAGAAAAAGAAAUCCAAAUCACAUUUGAUCACCGUUGUACAUAAUCCAUGGGAAACAUUAGUAUUAUUGACAAUAAAUUUUUCCAAAUUAAAUGUUUCAAUGAAUAUGGGCAAUAUAAUGGGUAAUGUAAAUUGGCAAACAAAAGAACUGAUGUGUGAUGGUUCAAUAUCGAUCGAUUCGAAUGAACAUCGUAAAUUUCGUGUUGGUCUUUGUUUAAAUAAUUCAACAUUAGAUGCUAAAGGUGGUAUUAUUGGUGGUAUUGUUGAACUGAGUGAUAUUCGUACUGAAAUUAAUGUACGUGAAGAUAGAAAUCUUGAACCACAACAUCGGUUAUAUUUUUCAUUACAUACAAUUGAAAAUCGUAUUGAUUAUAUGGGUACUUCGAUUCUAAUGGUUCGUAUUAGUGAUUUGAGUGCUUCAUUUUUUGAUAAAUGGAAUGCUAAAAUUAUUGAUUGUUUGGAUACGAAAAAACCAUCAAUUCAUGUACAAGCAAGUCUUAAAUGGGAUCAGAUGCAAAUUCUAAUGUCAAAAUCAACAUCACCAGAUUUUAUGAAAAUAAUUUCUAAACUUGAAGAAUUUUUUACACAACAAUUUCAUAGUGGAAAAAGAGUUUUUGAUUCUUUGCAUCCAACCACUGCGACUACAACGACAACGACGACGACUGCGAUCUCAACAACAACAAUAGCUGCUACGGAAAAGAUGAAAAAAGAAUCACCGGUUAUUAUUGUUGAUUCAAAAUCUGAACCAAAUUUUUGGGCUACUACUACUACAGAUGAUGAAAAUGUAUCACCGAAAAAAUCUUUAAAAUCAUUUCAUCGUUAUUGGCGUAAAUCAUUUCAAUUAUUUUCAAGUAUAAAAACUGGUGAUGCAUUACUUGGUGGUUCGAUUGAAGUACAUGCACAUAAUAUUUCAUUAGCUUGUUUUCAUGGUAUAAAUUUUCGAUCAAAAUCAUGGGCAGUUUUUUGUUUAAAAGAACCAUCAAUAACAUUCGAAACGGAAGCACGUUUAUCCGAUGAUUUGGCUAAUGUUGUACAAAAAUUAGAACUUGUUCUUGGUAAUCGAAAUGAUAAUGUAAAAAAUGUUCGUGAUAAUAAUAUGGAAACAAUGGCUAUUGUAAGUAAAAUUUCCAGAACAGUAAUAUUUCCACCACAAUUUCGUCAUUUACAUGAAUGGUUUCAUUAUGCAUUAUCACCAGUGGAAAUAAAUGAUGUUAAUCGAUUUCCAUUACCAUCAUGUGAUAAUUCAGAAUUUGAUGCAUUCGGUGUACCAGUUGAAGCAUUAACACCUUCACAAUUAAAAACUAGUCAAACUGAUCGUCGAACAAAAUCUACUAGUGAAUUUCAUUAUAAAGAAGAAAUGAUUUUUGCUUUUCCAAGUAUGCGUUUUGAACUAACUACCAAACAACAGCUACAAACAGCUAUUGUAAAGAAUUCGGAUUCAGAAUCGUCGCCCAAAGUUUUAUUCAGUUUUCGUUCGGAUUUUGUUGAUCAUAUCUAUGUUGCUGUUGAUGCAGAAGCAUAUUUUUUUCUACAUAAUCUAAUUAGUUCUUAUAUCAAUGAAACUACUGAUGCAUUUGCAUUGAAUAAUAAUCAAGAUGAUAAAGAUGGACAGAAAAAUGAUGAUAAAGAAAAGAUGAAGAAGGUCGAUGAAGAACGAUCAACGAAUAAUUCUAAAUCAAAAUCAGGUGAUGUUGAUAAGACAACGACGACGACGACGACAACAACAGCAACAACCAAGAUAUUUCGUGAUCAUCGUGAAUUUAUAUGCGAGAUUUGGCAAUUAGAACCAACAGUUCGAUUACAUUCAUGGGCAAGUAAAAAUAUCGAUCCAUAUGGUGUAGAUUAUAUACUGCAACGAUUAGGUUUUAAUCAGGCAAGAACAACAAUACCAAAAUGGAUUCAACGAUCAACAAUGGAUAUGGCCGAUAAAAUUAUUUCAAUUGUUGUUUAUCAAAUGUUGAAAAAAGAUUGGCAAGAAAAUGUUAAAACUAAAUCGAUUACAGAUAAUUAAAAUUUAGCCACUAUUGAAUUCAUUUCAUUUGAUUGAAUGUUAACCACAAUCUGUGUGUGAAAUUCAACCACAUUGAUGUUCUAUUGU